GUCAUUGAGAAACACGGUGGUUUGAUUUUGUCUCCCUCUGGCGGCCUCAAACUUCACUGCAGCUUCAUUCAAACCAAUCAGUUCGGUGCUAAAAUGGCGUCGUGUGUCAGCUAAUGGAGUUGAGACUGUUGAAAUAGAUGCUUACAAGGACUAACAGGACACCAGAAUGAGUUCACCUGUGUUAUCCUGGUCGGAGAAAAUACUGCAGCUUCUCCGCCGCAUGAACAGCUUCUAUUUACCAGGUUCUAGUCUGGAGAAAUGUCUGCGGUUCGAGGUAGCCGGGCAGCAGGUGGGUUGGGUUCCUCCACACAUGGUGCGUGUGCUGCAGCGAUACCCGGGCGUGUUCUGUACUACAGGGGGCGCUGUGGGGAUCUGCCCCGCCCUGGACUCGUGUGAACGGAGGACGCGGGCGGUGGAGGCUGUACUUCAGUCGCUCAGAGAGGAGGGGGCGCUAGAAUGCCUGAAAGGCUGGAGAAACGAGAAAUACGCAGUGAUGCCGAGGUACUGCGACGCUCCACUGAUGCACAUGGAGAGAGCAGCUACGAGUCUGUUCGGCGUGAAGCGUUACGGCGUCCACGUUAACGGGUUCAGUCGAGGCGGCGACGGGAGACUGAGCAUGUGGGUGGCCAGGAGGUCCGACACGAAACCGACGUACCCAGGAAAACUGGACAACCUGGCAGCAGGGGGGCUGGCGGCCGGCUGCAGCGUCAAACACACGCUGGUGAAAGAGUGUGAGGAAGAAGCCUGCAUCCCGCAAUCGCUGGCGGAGAGAGCUCGACCCGUCGGGACCAUCAGCUACACGUACGAGGACGACGAGGGCAUUUUCUCAGAGUGCCAGUUCCUCUUCGAUUUGGAGCUGCCGACCGACUUCAGGCCUCAGAUUGGGGACGGGGAGGUGCAGGACUUUUACUUCUACCCCAUCGAGAAGGUAAAGGAGCUGAUUGCGAGUGAGGAGUUUAAGCCCAACUGCGCCCUGGUGGUUCUGGAUUUCCUCAUCAGACACUCCGUCAUCGAGGCCGACUCAGAGUCGUAUUAUCACGAGUUCGUUGCUGGACUCCACAGAUCCUUAUAACACCUGAAGAACGACCGGACACAAACACGUCCGUCCAUCAUCUCCAUCCAACACCUCCGUCCAUCAUCUCCGCUGUGAAUCCACGCUGGACACUGUAACAGCGCUACAUGGCCAAAAAUAUUCAGACAUCUCAUCGUGAGCUUGUCGGACUUAUGAUGGCUCUGGUACCCCUUUUCCACCGACGCGGCACGGAGCCCGUUCCGGUUCCCGAACUUGAUUUUGAACCGGUUCCGCGUGUUUCCAAAACAGGUUCCAGACAGAGAACUAGCGGGCCGAUCUGGCACCACAGGAUACUGGGUUUUUCAGCCCGAACCGUGACGUCCAUCAGUGGGCGUGUCAUGUUGUACAGCACAGCGCGUUAGCAACAACGGCGUCCGCUGGAGUCUCAUAUGGAGCUUAAUGCUGCAUUUUUAUCUUUUAAACUUCACCUGAUCACAUUUUGAGGCAGUUUGCCGCUGAUAUUUUCAAAGCGCCUUUAAAAAGAUGAACUGUGUGAUAUUACGAGAUAAAAGUGACCCGGACAGAACGAAACUCGCUUAACGUGAAAAAUAAAGCGUGAAGCUUUUUCAAUUCCCCGAGCUGCAUAAACACACGUGAAGUAAAUCCAGUUAAACACGGAUACACGUGGUAUGUUAGACUGGGUUUGAUGUUUAUUUCACACAGAUGUUUGUUCGUGUUGUGGAACUUUAAUGAUGUUUCACCGUUCGAGUCGAGCGCUGAGUAAAUCGGUUAUCUGCGCCGAGAGUCGCGGUGAAACCGAAGCGCAAAACUCCUCUCACGUCAAUAAACUAAAUAAAACAACAACUGAGACGAACACGUCACGUCUUCUCAUCACCGAUAGUUAGAUCGCUGCUUUUUACAUAAAAACAAACAUCUGUAACAGCAGCACAAACGCUCGCACAUAAUCCACACACUCCACCAUGAUAUUACUGCUCUUAACUCUUAGUAAGUAACGCCCACCGAUGAUGACGCUGCUUAGUUCUCAAAAACUGGUGGAAACGCGCGUCGGUUCUCUACAGAACACCAAGGUUCAGAGAAACCCGAACAGAACCGGUUCAAGAACCACGUUUUUUUGGUGGAAAAGUGGUAUGAGAGGAAUGUCUGUAGGAAUUUGUGCCCAUUAGGUCAAAAGACGACAGCAUUUGUAUAGCGUUGGUCUAGAGAGUUUUAGUUGAUGUUCCAGUUCAUUCCACCACUGGAGUUUCCUUAAACUGGGGUUUUCUUUAUGUCUUUAUAGACAAAAGUUGAAAGUCUAAAUGAAUCUCGUUUAUGUCUUUGAUUUAUUAGACCAGUUAACUACUGUGGCUGAAAUGUGAAUUCAGAAAUCAGAAGGGGCGUCCAAAUACUUUUGCAUUUGUAUCACAUGUCGUAGAAAUCAUGACAGAUACCAAGUUGCUGUAUAUAAGAACAUAUUUAUUUAGAAGAGGUUCAUUAAAAGAUGCGUCUGUUUCCAAAAUACAGAAUUCCUGCUCCAUCAGACGUCUGUUUACACUCCGGUCUCAUAAUGCCAAUAAACAAUAAACACAAAAUCA